UAAACUUCCUAAGGUUGGCUGGGGUCCUUGGAUGGAGAACCUCCAAACGAAUGGACAGCAUAUCCACCAGAGGGUGCUGUGAGGGCAGGUCUGUGGCGGGAGGGGAGCUCCCCCAGUGACCCUUCAAACCCAGGGUCUCGUUUUGAAGACAUUGAUUCGACUUUCGCCGCGACUCCAGCAGAGCUGUGAUCCAGAGGAAGUCUGACCUCUGUCGCAGACGCCCGGCGGCUGGAGACGUCCUGUCCCUGGACCGCCCGGGGCGCAGGCGGUAGGUGGGUGGGGACCUCCAAGGCCGCAGCUCGCUGCUGCGCCGCAGGGGCCGCGAAGGGGUUAACCCGGCGGGGGGGGGGGUGCGGGAGGAGGGAGGGGGCGCGGGCCGCGCGUGCGCUCUGCCGCCCUCCAUUGUCUCCACGGCGGCGAGGAGCGCCGGCGAGCGCAGCCCGGGACGGAGCGGGGCGGUGCGGCUGGCUGGCGGGGCCGGCGGCGGCUGGAGCCGGAGCGCGACGCCACGCGACCGCGGCUUCCAGAGCUCCGCCUGGCUGCCCCACCGCCGCGAGCCCUCCCGAAGCCUGGAGGAGUGAGGGCCGCCGGCGCGGGCUGAGGAGUCCUGAGACGGGGGACGCGAACGGCGCGGCGCCCGGAGCCUCCGCCGCUUCCUGCUGCGGGCGAGCGGCCUCCUCCGGCUCCUCCCUCCCUUCGCUGCGGCUCCUUAGGCUCCGGAGCCCGGGGGCGGCCUGUGGCGCGAGGCGCCGGCUCUGGACCGCGCUUCUUCGGACCUUAAGGGGAACAUGCAUUCGGCUUGGACAGUUUGAAAUUCUUAGUUUGGGGUCCCCGCUCGCUUGCUUUUUCCACCCCGCGGAUUUUUUUUGAGGAUUCCCCCCCUCACCUUUUUUCAUUUUUCUCCCCUCGGGGCUCUUUUGUGACUCUCCCCAACCCCAACCCUCCGCCUUUAUGUUCGCCCAGACCUCCACCCGCUUCUGAGUAGUGGGGGAGGGUUUCAGCCUCCACGUUCCCGCCCCACCGGGGCCCCGGCGAACAUGGGGGGCAAGCAGAGCACGGCGGCCCGCUCUCGGGGCCCCUUCCCGGGGGUCUCUACGGAUGACAGCGCCGUGCCGCCGCCGGGAGGGGCGCCCCACUUUGGGCACUACCGGACGGGCGGCGGGGCGAUGGGGCUGCGCAGCCGCUCGGUCAGCUCGGUGGCGGGCAUGGGCAUGGACCCCAGCACGGCCGGAGGGGUGCCCUUUAGUCUCUACACCCCCGCCUCCCGCGGGACCGGCGACUCCGAGAGGGCGCCGGGCGGCGGAGGGUCCACGUCGGACUCCACCUAUGCCCACGGCAAUGGUUACCAAGAGACCGGCGGCGGUCACCAUAGAGACGGGAUGCUGUACCUGGGCUCCCGAGCCUCGCUGGCGGAUGCUCUACCUCUGCACAUCGCACCCAGGUGGUUCAGCUCGCACAGUGGUUUCAAGUGCCCCAUUUGUUCCAAGUCUGUGGCUUCCGAUGAGAUGGAAAUGCACUUUAUAAUGUGUCUGAGCAAGCCUCGCCUGUCCUACAAUGAUGAUGUGCUGACUAAAGAUGCGGGUGAGUGUGUGAUCUGCCUGGAGGAGCUGCUUCAGGGGGACACGAUAGCCAGGCUGCCUUGCCUGUGCAUCUAUCACAAAAGCUGCAUAGACUCAUGGUUUGAAGUGAACAGAUCUUGUCCAGAGCACCCUGCUGACUGACCCUGCUGGGCCUGCUUGCCGACUCCUCUCAAAGGUGAGCCCAUACUUGGCGGGAGACUCUGGGCUAAGAGUCAAGUUUCUGGGAGCUGGGGGAGAGGAGCUGGCCUGCCUGAUACACACCCCACCAAGGAGAAAGCAGAAGCAGAAAGACAGAAGCCAUCUCCUCAGAGAGCAGUCCCCAGGAAGUAGGGGGAUGUUCCUGGGAGUUGGGGGAGCAUGAAAGAGCGAUAGUAACCUAGUCAUGAGAACUCCAUGCAAAGAUAGAACCAGGCUCCUUCCCCUCAGGAGAGGCAGAAGGUCCCCUGCAGGGUGCAUGGGCUGGAGCAGAGGCGCCCCCAGCCAGGCUCUACAGCAGCCUCACCUCCCUCACCUCUCAGAGACUCGGUUCUGAAAGGGAAGAAUCACUAAGUAGUGGCCUGUGGAACAGACAUUGUCCACUGCAAAGACAUGGCCUGAGGUCUUUCCACUCCUGGUUCUUCCACCGGCCUGAGAGGUCCAGGCCACACUCAGUCCUUGUGUCCCAGGCACAGUGUCACAGCAGCAGGCUACUCCCUCCCACACACGCACUUCUGGUGCUGUGUAACCAUUGGAUCUGACCUUCAUUUCUUCCCCAGGGUACCUUGUUUAACUGCCCCUAUCCCGCCCCCACCCUGCCUGUGCCUUUGAGGACUGUGUUGGGUGUUCUCUCUCUUUUGUUUUGUUUAGUUUGUUUUUGUCCCAUCCAACUGAAAACCAUCAGCCCCUUCCCACUUGAUCCCACAUCCAAAGGCUUGGGGAUCCCUUUUCUUCUCUCUCUUCUUUGUUGUUUUUUCUUUUGUUAGGUUUAUUUUAUUUAUUCCAAGUAAAUGCCCAGAACAGCUGCUGGUGUCAGGCAAAUCAGGGACAUUGGCUCUUUCUACCCUCACCUCAAAACCUGAUGCCAAGCGAGGGAGAGUGAGGCAGAGGGACUGGAUCCCAGCUCCAGAGUGCAGGUCCAGAAUGCCGCCGCCGGCAUGAUGUUUGGCUUCCAAUGGGCCUGCCUGGACUGAACCAGAUGCCCCAGCCAACCAGCCUGGUCUCAGGGGGACACAAGCUGCUGCCACCGUGCGAUGGAGCGGCAACUCUCAGCAAGAUGAAGCGGGACUGACUUCUUCCGACCCACACAGGGACAGCCAGCCCCUGUUCCUGGGAGGAGGCUCCUCGGACACUGGACAGAGCUGAGCUUGGGACACCAGAGAGAACAGGGCACCCUUCUGCACUGACUUCCAGAAAAUGGUCCUCCCUGAGGACACCCAGUGGAUGAGAGAAGAAUGAAUUGACCUCUAUCCUUCCCCUCACCCUCGACCCAGGAGGGAAAGGGCAUUUUCUUUUUCACCUUUGAAAGGCGUUGUGGGUCUGUCUUUAAAAAGUGUUUACAAACAACAAAAAAUUCUAUAAAAAAGUCUUGUGUCGACUGGUGUUUUCCCUUGUGAUGUUUACAGCCUGCUGUUUGCUGCCCAGCUAAAAACCACUCAUGACAGAAGCAAGCAUAGCCAUGUCCUGACCCUAGCGCUCUGAUGGCAGGUGGGCAGGCGGGCACACGUUAGUCCCUCUGCCCAGCGCCCCAGUUGGCUCUCUGCAUCACUAACCUUUCUACCUUUGGGGAUUCGUUUUUUUUUUGUUUUCUUGUUCUUCUGUCCCAUUUUUCUGGCUUGGUUUUGCACUUUUCUCCCCUUAAAUUUCCUUGAUUUCCUUGCCAAAAAAGAGGAAGAUGAAGAGCCCAUCGUGGACACUUGCCCUCCCCCAGCCCCGAGUCUCCCCUGCCUUUCCUCCUGGAUCUGAUCCCAUCAGAGGAUUUAAUAAUCACAAAUACACUGAAAAAAAAAAUGCCUGGACAUUUUUCCAAGGCCCCUGUGAUUUUUUUUUCCCCCUGAGGAAAUUUAGACUUAGCUAAAGGACUGUGUGCUGCAACCCCCAUUUUCAGGCGCACGGAAAUAUUUUAGCCAUUCACACAUGACAUCAGCCCAUGCAGGAUAGGUUUCUGUAUUUAUAUAUUAAAAUCCAAAAAAAAAAAAUUACAAAAAUGUUUUAAAACUGUUCAAAGCUUAGGAGAAAAGCUUAUCAGUCAAGGUGUUUUGAUAUGGUAUUAAAAUAGUGUGUAACAAAAGAUGCACCGUGUGAUUUAUUUUAAUGAAGUGUUGUUACACAAUCAAGGUGGAAGGCAAAUGCCAGUUCCCUCUGUCCACCUCUCAGCCCACACCCCCUCCCUCAGCACCUGUAAUGGCUUAGCCACUCCUGGGCAGAGGCUCUACAUAGUGGCUCGGCUGUGUCUUUGAAGUUUAUAAAUUCUUAAGCAUCAUGGAGUGAUUGUCAGUCUUCUGUCAUCUCUGGUUGUGAUAGGAUGCUACUGGAAUGAUAUUCAGGGGCAAAGCUCUUACAGCCACCAGAGGAUACAGGCACCUGGAGAUGCCAGCCCAGUCCGUUUGCUUUUCAGAGCCUCUGCCCCCCUCCCUACCCUCUGCUUGCCUGUUGCUCCGUGCAGAGCCAAGUGCUGACUCAUGGGCAUGCUUCUCUGAGGCCCCGGAAAAGGCCCUGCUCUGGGCUUCUUCCAGCUCACAGUCCUUGAACCAGAACCAGCCACUCAGCCUCAUACAAGUUAGCAAAUUGCAGGCUGGGCAGGAAACCUCGGGGCAGAGCAGCAGUGCAUACCUGCCUGUCUUCUAGCCAGGCUCCAGGAGCUGCAUUUCAGGGCCUCCUGCAGAGCCAGCUAAGGGAAGCUCUGGAGGGAGAUGGCACCACCUCUCUACCAUGACCAUUUCCAGACCUGCCCCUUGUACUGCUGUGUCAGGGCCCAGUCCCAGCAGGCCCACAAGUUUGGACUAUGCUACCACCCUUGCCCUCAGAUGCGUCCUGAAGCAAUUGCUCUGUGCAAGGACAUGUGUUGGAGGCCAGUGGGCAUGUGGGCACCAAGGCAGGGAGGCAAGUUCAGAGAACUAAGAGUGCUUUAUUUAGAGCCUGAGUGUCAGACGCCUCAGGACCUGAACUGUAAGCACUGUCAAUGGCCAGAAACUGGGCUCUUGUCUGUACUGGGGCACUUUACUUCUUGGUGGAACCGUGAACUCGAUCCCUUGCAUGUGAAGUGGGGACAGGGUCAUGCGGCUCGGUUCAGUUUGUGUCGGGGAUCUGCCCCAAAGGCCUGGCACAUGCGCAGCAGGCUUCCUUGUAGCUAUGUCACUGCAAAGGGCACUGUUCUAUUCCCAGCACCUCCAGCUUCUGCCUGGCACCUGUGUCUCCCCGUUCUAUAUAUAAUCCUACCAGCAGAGCUGGCGGGCCAGGGCCCAGCCCGCAAAGAGAUCUCCUUGUCUGACCCCCGGGCCUGGAGACAGGCUUUGUGUGCCCACCUUGGCUGUGUGAGCUCGGCUGCCCUGGCAGUGCUGUGGCUGAGUCCCGUGGUUGAGUUGGUUGGGGCGGCGCUGAGCCCCACACCGGGUGCUAUUCUAGGCUCUCUAGGCUGGUGCUCAUCCCAUCCCCAGUGACUUCCGCCCCCACCUGGCACACCAAAGCCCUCUGUUGGCUGUCAUGUCCUCUGAAUUUGGACCCAGAUUGCCAGUGCCUGGUGUGAGGGGUGGGUGGGACUGGGCUUGUCUGGGCUUCCCAAGGUGGCACUUGUGUGUGUCACCUUUUAUCCAGACAGCCCUCCAGAAUCCUGUGUUGUUCGUUCCUACUCUGCCUUUCUGAGAAGGAAGAAAAUCCGGAAGAGCCAAGGGAUGGGUUCUUCCCCUUAGCUCUGAGGAGCCCAGAAAGCCUUCUGAGAGCUCCAGGAGCCCCUUUUGAAAACCACCCAUCUAAGCCAUUUAAUAGUAUUGAAACUCAUAGGAGAAUGUCCUCCUUAGGAGACAGUGGCUGAAAUAUAUAGUUGAAUGAUUUCAAGAAAUGUAUAAUCUAAUCCCAUAUGGUCUCCCCUCCCCCAAAAUAUACAAAGCAAAUAAGGCAAAAAUGUCCAUUGUUGAAUCUUCAACGACUGAUAUUUCAGUGAAUAUAGUGUAUUUGUUCUUUCAACUUUUUCUGUAUGUUUGGGAUUUUCUUUAAUAAAAGAAAUUGUGGGGAAA